GGAGAGGCACGCGCCGCUGACUGAGGGGGAGAGAAGUGCACGAGCGGAGCAGAGCUGAACAUCCUUCAGCUGCAGCCUCUACCGGUAGACGCGAACGGCGCGAGAGAGACACACACAUACACACUUAAACACACACAUAUACACCAGCUUCACGCGACACUCCCGCUGCCGUUUUCGGUUCACACAAAGCGACACUCUUGCCCGCGUGGCGUGUUGUUUGUGUUCCUCUUCUUUGUUUUUUGUUUUGUUUUUUUGUUUUGUCUUUUGAGUUUCUUCCAAAUCCGUGGUGGAUUUAAAAAACAAAAAAACAAAAAACAACAAAAAAAGCUAAGCGAAGGUCCCAAGUCCACCCCGGUUUCCCAAGACGCCUUUCCGCGUUCUGUCACUCCGGCGGGAAGGACGGACGCUCCACCGGCUACAUUUCAUACAGAAUGAAGUACAGCUGCUGGAAUCUUUGAAUUGAGUGGAGCAAGUACAGAGAAGAAAGCCUGGUUUGAAGAAACACGCAAAAGCAACAAAAAAAACAAAACAAGGAGAGACAAGGCCAUCGAUUUAUUUGGUGAAACGAGAGAGUGAAGAAAGAAACGGGACGAUGGGGAGAAAAAAGAUUCAGAUCACGCGGAUUAUGGACGAGCGCAACAGACAGGUGACAUUCACCAAGAGGAAGUUUGGACUAAUGAAGAAAGCCUAUGAGCUGAGUGUGCUAUGCGACUGUGAGAUUGCCCUCAUCAUCUUCAACAGCACCAACAAGCUUUUCCAGUACGCCAGCACCGACAUGGAUAAAGUGCUACUGAAGUACACAGAGUACAACGAGCCUCAUGAGAGCAGGACCAAUUCUGACAUUGUGGAGACAUUGCGAAAGAAGGGCCUAAAUGGCUGUGACAGCCCAGACCCCGACGCAGACGAUUCAGCAUUGAGCAAGAAGGAGAACAAAGGCAGCGAGAGCCCGGAGCUUGAGUCUGCUUUCGCUCUCACUCCACGCACAGAAGAGAAAUACAAACUGAUUAACGAAGAGUUUGAUCAUAUGAUCAAGACUCAUAAGAUCCCUGCUGUGCCUCCUUCCAACUACGACAUGCCAGUGUCCAUCCCAGUGAGCAACCAGAUCUACGGCCACCCUGGAGGAUCCCUAGGCAACCAUAAUCUGGUUCCCCUUGCCCAUCACGGCAUACAGAGGAACAGCAUGUCCCCUGGUGUCACACACAGACCUCCAAGUGCAGGUGGUCUGAUGGGUGCCGAUCUCACCACAGGCCCUGGCACCAGUGCUGGAAACGGCUAUGGAAACCACCGUAACUCUCCUGGAUUGCUGGUGUCUUCUGGGGGUAUGAACAAGAACAUGCAGGCCAAGUCGCCCCCACCAAUGAACCUGGGCAUGAACAGCCGAAAGCCUGACCUGCGCGUGCUCAUCCCACCAGGAACCAAGAACAACAUGCCUUCAAUUAAUCAGAGAAUAAACAACUCACAGUCCGCACAGUCAUUGGCCACCCCCGUGGUUUCUGUGGCAACACCCACUCUACCAGGCCAGGGCAUGGGCGGGUACCCUUCAGCGAUCUCCACCUCCUACGGUACUGAAUAUUCUCUAAGCAGUGCCGACUUGUCAUCUAUAUCUGGCUUUAGCAGUGCCAACACCCUGCACCUGGGUUCAAUGAGCGGCUGGCAGCAGCAGCACCUCCAGAACAUGCAGCAUUCUGCCCUCGGACAACUAGGAAAUUGCACUAGCACUCACUUAUGUCAGGGUUCAAAUCUCUCCCUGCCCUCUACCCAAAGCCUGCACAUCAAGUCCGAACCUGUUUCUCCUCCUAGAGACCGCUCCAGCAGCGCCACGCCCGGUGGCUACGCUCCACCCCCUUCCCACCCGCAGCAGCACCAGGCCCCACCCCCGCAACAGGCUCCGCCCCCACAGGGCCGCUCGCCAGCCGACAGCCUGAGCAGCGAGGGCAGCGAGCGCGACGAGCUCCGAUCCGACUUCCACUCACCCCUCAGUAUGGGCCGGCCCGGCCUAGACGAGCGCGACAGUCCGUCUGUCAAGCGAGUCCGCCUUUCCGAGGGUUGGGCAACAUGAUAAGCCACACCCCCUCCUCAACAGCCCCCACACUUGACCUCGGUCCAUCAUCACAUUCACACGUUCUCUCUCGAUCUGUUCUGACGAAUCGUAGCCCUCCACGCUCUGUCAAGUCACACACAAUGUAAACAGACAGGAGGGCUUUUCUUCAAUUUACUUGUUUCUCGCUUUCUUUUUCAAAGAGUGUUAAAUGUACAUGUUGUCGUGAUUGAUGGGUGUCAGGGUGGGAAAGGGUGGUAGGGGCUAGCAUUAGAGGGUUAAGACAGGGUUUUAGCGGGUGGGGUUACUAUGCAUAACUUUUGCUGUGUGUGGAUUUGACUUUCAAGACUUAACCAUAUAUGCAUAUAUAUUUACACAUGUGUGUAGGUGUACAUAUAUGCAUAGUAACAAAAAAAUCGUCAGGUACUCUCAAAUUUUUUUGUAUUGGUAUUUACAACUUUCCUCAGCGACAUUCAGCAAUGGGAGAAGCUCAGCUGAGGGCCAGCGCCGACAGGCUAGCACUUGAGUUGCUCUACCAGUACUUUGUGUACAGAUUAAGUUCUCUUCGCCACUCUCUGCAGAAUGUUCCCUCGCUAAAUGUAUGUUAUGAUUGACAAAGUCAUGUUGCAGGUUCAACGUAUUGUACAUAGAGGGCGGGCGGGGACAAGGGGAAUGGGUCAAGGUUGCCAGACAUUGGACAUUGAUCUCAAAUGGAAGCUUUUAUGCAAGAUUUUUUGAAGGAUUGUACAGUUGUACAGCCCCUUAGGCUUUAGUCAAGGAGAAGGAGUAUUUUAGAACCUUGGAUGAAUCAAGCGCUUUUUUGAAGAAAAGGGAGUGUUUUUCGUGAAAAAUGGCAGUCAGUAGAUGAAGGACCAUACCUUAAAUUAAGAGCCAUGUUAGUUUAUUCUGAUGAAAUCACAAACCUAGGACUUGCUUUAAAUGUUCAGUAUUAAAAAAAAAAGAAAAAGAAACAAUUGUAUGAUACUCUUGCUUAUAUUUUCAUAUAAAAUGGAAUACAAUGCAAAGCAAUUUUGUGGCGUUUUGUAGUUUAUAUAAACCAGAAUGAGUUUUGAAAGCUUUGCCUAUAUGAAAAAUGAUAGUUGUUUAAGAGUGAUUAACUUUGGGCUUUUCAAAACUAAGCCAUGACAUCUGAGAACCCUUGCUUUGCUGAAUUUUUUUUUUGUAGAGUUUUUUUUUAUGUGUAUUUCUAAUAAUAUUGAAUAAUAAUAUUAAGAUUCUUUUAAAUAUCUGUGAAAUUAACAUGCUUGUGUAUAGCUUUCUAAUAUAUAAAUAUAUAUGAUAAUAAUUAUGGUCAUAACAUUUUUUGUCAGUGUGAGGUUACAUAAGUACAGUUGCACAUGUUUGUUUUGUCUUUUUUUUCUGUUUGCUCCAAACUGAAUCUUUCAAAGGAUACCCAGCCAGAACAUUCAGUGAUUCAGUGUAAAUUACACAAACAGCAAUUGUCAUGACCGAUCUAGUUUGGGAAAAAUACAGCUAGCUCUUUGCGUAGUAUUGGUAUAAUGACACUCAGGUGAAGAAUGUGUAAGCUCCCAAAGUAAGCACACUUAUUAUCAAAUAGAUUUGCUGACAGUUUAAUUCCCAUUACAUUUGCAGUAAUAAAGAUCCUGUCCACAUAACUUUUACAGCAGUAUCGAGCAAUUCUCGUAGGUAACUUUCAGUGAGCACAAGAUAUUUGUCCAAACAUGUGCUUUGGUUAGGAAGAAGCACAAGCUUUCUGAUAUGACAAACCUUUAGUCUGUGAACCAAAGCAGAUGCUGUUUAAACUCAGAACAAGGAAUCGAUAGUUUCACUUGAAUUGACAUUGCACUGAAAGAUUUAAAAGAGAAGGCUAUGUUUUUUUUUUAUCUCGAUGAAUGGAUAUAUCAUGUUAUCUUGUCAAUUCUUAUGAUGUGGCAUAAGUCGUGAAUCCUUGAUCGCGUGUGUUUUUGCUAGUUUGUCCCAUUACAAUUACCACAUCACAUUAACCCAUUUCCUCUGAUCAUAAUGAGAUCCUACAGUGUCAUCAUUUUGAUUUCGCAUGAAUCAGAGACUGGACAUUUGUUAAAAUCUUUUCUACCAAAGACAUGGAGCAGUGUUAUCUUGGCUUUGUUCUAUUCCAUUCUCUUUGGGAUUUGAGAAGGUCAUAUUUCUGAAUAUGUUGUUUUGCUUUAUAUAAUUUACAAUAAAACUGGUACCUCAUAUUCACCCUCCCAGUACCUCAAAUUACCAUUACACAACCAAUUAUGAUGAGAAAUGGGGUGAAAAAAAAAACAAUAAAAACAAAACUAAAUUUAUUUAAAAAAGACGAAAAAAAUCAUGAGAACCUAACAAAUGUACAGUAUUGUGACUCAGUAUGCCAUUUUUUCUUCUAUAAAAUUUCGCAUUAUGUACACAUAUGACUCCCUGGUUCACCCUUUUUGGUUUGCUGUUCUUAUUUCUUAAAAUAUUGUUUCCAUUAAAAAAAAAUGCAAAUAACAAAAAAGUUACAAAAAAAAGUAGUAACAAAUGUAGCUUGUAUAAACCUACAUUGGUAAGGUGGAAAAGAAGUGUGUUUGUCUCUUUUUUUUUCCUUUUUAUUUUAUUUUAUUUUAUUUUUUCAAACCAGGAGAAAGAGGCUUUCAGCGGCAUAAGCUGGACUUUGUCGCCACUUGAAGACAAGAUGUCAUUAAAUUAAAAAAAGAUCACAUCUCUGUAUCUCAAGGGACUUGAUUCAGCUGUAUGUAGUGAAAAAUUAAUGUAUGGAUAUUAAAAAAAUCAUUUUCUCCUGCUGGGAUUCAAAAAGGUAUUUGUAUUUUGCAGAGAACUCAGUAAAGUUACUGGCUUUCUUAGUUA